AUGAAAGGUUUGCAUUCCGGGCUUUUGGAGGCUGCCAAUGCAAACAAAGUUUCAGCGGCAAUACUGAAGAAAAUAUUACUCUUAGUUGCUGUCCUGCUGAUGAGUUCAUCAUCCUUCGUUCGAACGGAUGUAAGUGAACUGUAUUUACCACCUCAUCAUGGUAAUAGUCAUACGGCGAGUCAUAUUUCAAAACCUAGUCAACAAUUUUUACCUCCAGCAACAAGUUAUGGUGUUCCUGAUACAUCUUUAAAUACUGCACACCGCAGCGGUUCUGCAGCAACCGAGAAUGGUAGCUCCGGGACACAAAACUCUGCCUCAUAUUCCGAUGGCCAAAACACUGCUGGUUCUUCUCCAGCUGUUAUCACCCACGUCCACAAUGGUGGUCACAACGUUAUCUAUGUUGGAAAUCACCAAGGCCAUGAAAGUGCUGGUAGCAGUAAUUAUAAUCAAUAUGCGGCUCCGACUGUUAGUGAUUCUAAUCAUCAUGAACAUUAUCAUGAAGCAGAUCACUCACACCAUCAGCAUGAGGAUCAACAUCAUCAUCACAGUGGUCAAGUUGCAGCUCCGUCCGCCGUAUCCCUGCAAACUGCUCCUGCCCCUGCAAUUCAAUUCGCCUCCCAAGCUGCAUAUCCCCAAGCCAGCGUUAUUCCAAGUUUUAGUUAUAUUAUUCCAGCUUUCAACUAUUUUAUACCAGCUCAAAUUCAGGCUCAAGUAGGAGCUGCUGCUGCAAGUACAGUUCCUAGUCAGACAACUGCUCAAGUAGAAUUUGGAGGUGCUAAAUAUGCUGCUAAUGGUGGUUACAAGCUACUCAUCUCAGCGGUUGCAGUUUUAAUAUGCAUAACAUUAUGCCAAGCCGAAAAUAAUUCAACAAAUGAUAAAGCGACUGUGGAAAUUACGAUAAAUACUGCUUCACAAGCAGCCCAAAGUACUGCCCCAGUCCAACAACCAGCUGCCAACAAUGUGUUACCUAGAUUUCCUGUACCAAUAACCUCCAAUAAUCCUAGUGCUUUUUCAUACAGUCAAGGUGUCACAAUUCCCAGUCUGCCCUAUGCUAAUGCAGCUCCAGCUUUUGCUGUUGUCGUACCGGGUCCCACUCCUGUCGCACAAUACCCUAGUCAAGGUAGUUCUGUUCUAGUUCCAUCGUCACAGUAUUAUGGCACGAGUUCAUUUGGAAGUAUCCAAGGUAGUGGCCAAGGGGGAUAUAUACAAGCUUUUCCUAAAACCAUUAUUAUUUGCUUUGUUGCUUUGCUCUCCCUGUCCUUUGCACAUGGCAUAAGUAACCAAUAUUUACCUCCCCAUGAGGGCAGUGCCUCGAGUAUUUCUGCGCUGAGAGCUGCACCUAUCAAAACUAACUUUGUCCAAGCGGCUUCUGCACCAGUUGUCAACUAUGCCGCUCCAGCUGCUGCUGCAGUUUCUCAUGGCCAUAGUGGUGGUUUCCCAUCUGGAGGUUUCAGUCAGGCCGCCUCAGCCCCAGCUCCUCGAUUUGCAGCUCCUGCGGCUGUAGCUCCAGCUCCCCGCCAUGUGGCAGCAGCACCUCAUCCUGUGGCUUCAGCUCCCCAUUUUGCGGCUUCUGCUCCAGCACCUCAUUAUGCUGCCCCUGCACCACGUCAAGUGGCUCCAGCUCCUCACUAUGCUGCAGCAUCAGUUCCAGUUCCCCAUUAUGCUGCACCAGCAGCAGUUUCACAUGGUGCUUCACAUCGUUUCUCCUCAGCCGCAAGUCCUCAAAUUAACGUAGCCCCUGCUGCUGUCCAUGGUCACAGUGGUGGUCAUUCUGUAGGAUUCGUUCAAGCACAAUCUGCUCCAGCUGUUCGUUAUUCCGCUCCAGCUGUUGCACCUGCUCCUCGUUAUUCCGCCCCAGCCGCCGUACAUGGUGGUGGUCAUUCUGCAGGAUUCGUUCAAGCUCAAUCUGCUCCAGCUGUUCGUUAUUCCGCACCAGCUGUUGCUCCUCGUUAUUCUGCCCCAGCUGCUGUUCAUGGCCACAGUGGAGGUCAUUCUGCAGGAGUUGCUCAUGCACAAUCUGCUCCAGCUCCUCGUUAUUCUGCUCCAGCUGUUCAUCAUGGCCAUGGCGGCGGCCACUCGGUUGGUUUUGUUCAAGCCGCUUCAGCACCAGCUCCUCGCCAUGCAGCUCCAGCUCCACGUUAUGCCGCCCCUGCUGCCACCCAACAUUUUGCAGCAUCUGCACCAGCUCCUCGAUAUUCGGCACCUGCUGCUGUCACGCAAAGUUUUGGCAACGCCCAUGCUGCCUCUGCUCCAGCUGUCAGUUAUGCUGCCCCAGCCGCUUACAACAACGAUUAUCACGGCAAUGAAGUUGGCACCCAAUAUGCUGCCAAUGGCGGUUAUGUGGUUGUUUAAAUAAUAUU